AUGCCCCCGCGCUGGGAAGGCGGGCUCCACGCCGGCACCCGCGGGAGAGCGGCGCUCCGCUCCCGCCCAGGCGCGGGGCAGACGAGCGCCGAGCCGCGAGGCGGGGCGGACGGCGGGGCGGACGGCGGGCGCCAGCUCCCUCCGCCGCGGGCAGCCAGGCCCCCCGGCCGCCGCUCGAGGAAGAGCGCUGCUUCCGCCCGGGGGCCGGGCUCCGCGGGACGCGACUUCCGUCUCCCGCGGCCGAGGGGCCGCGCGCGGACACCUCCCGGGGCUCUGAGCGCAGCCCCGCUUGCUUCGGGCGACCGAAGCACCUCCCCUCGGCGGCGCCCCGGCGGGGCCCGUGACGUCACAACUGCGCGCCAACACGGCCCCUCCCUCCCGGGGAGCCUACCGAGGGCAGAGGCCGCUAACGUUCGGCGGGGCGGGGCUUCCGGGCCUGCGCGCGCCGCCCGGCCCGGGCGCGGGCUCAGCCCUCGCGUGGCCGGGGCUGCGGCUUGGGGCUCUCCCCGGCGAGGCCCGCUCCCGCAGGCCGCGGACACCCGGCGGUGCUGCGAGCUCGGUCUCUGGGCGGAGAAAAGGGGAACCUCAAAACAGUCUAAAGACCGAACGGUAAUUUUAAGAGUUCCUGCCUCAGCACGCCUCACGCCGCCCUCCGUGUCUCCCUCUGUGGCCCGGCGUCUCGGCGGGCGGCGCGGGCAGGGCCCCUGCGGGCGGCUGCCCUUCCGCGGGCAGCGGGGAUGCAAACGGCGGGGCCGCCGCCGUGCCAAGGCUUGCUGCCUAGUUGCAUCUCAGUCUAGAGCCAUCAACAUCGCAGAGGAAGCCAGAAGGAAAAGAUUGUAACUUUUCACGCUUUUUGGAAUACGUUUUUCCACUUUGGUUCUUUUACUGACGACUGAUCCUACUGAAUUGAGUUGUGUGGAAAAGUAGAUUUUUGCCUAAGAAAACGAUGGGGAUUGAAUGAGGACUGUGAUCCCUAGUCCUUAAGAGCCAAGCCUCGCGGAAACAAAGUAGAGUCAUUUUUUAAUGGAUAUAGAGCUUCAGCUUUACAAGUUCUGGAGGUGGACGGUGGUGACGGUUGCACAACUUUAUGAGUGUGUUUAAUACCACUGAACUGCCCACCUAAAAAUGGUUAAGGUGGUUCUCACUACUGCACUUGACUACUCUCAAGAAAAAAAUAAAAAAAUUUUUUUAAUGGUUAAGGAGGUAAAUUUUAUGUUUUGUGUGUUUUACCACAAUUUAAAAUUUUUUGGAAAAAAAAAGCAACAACAGGCCUGAGGUUUUUGAGGAAAUGCUAAAUAGCUGGAUAGGAAAAGAAAAGAAAGUCACCGUGCAUGAAAAUAGUCAUUAACGUCUUUUGGAUUUGCUGAGGUCAUUCAGGUUCCAGAGAUUUUCCUGGCCAUGUUUACUUUGUGGAUCUGAAACCAUGCACCUCAGAUUGGGACUUGAACCCACAUGGCCGGGACUCAAACCCAGCCAAAAUCCAAGAUCUUCCAACUGAGAUCACACGCCUGGUUUCAGGACUUAAUGAAGCUCAGGUUCUUUAUGUCUCGUCACAGAAAGAAUUCAGUGAGAGACAAAGUGAUAGGACAAGACUGAGUGCAUCUAUCUGGCAAGUAACCUAUUUUCAAGGAGGAGCCAGCAAGGUAACACAUCUUCUUGUAUUACUUCUCAUCCUUCUCUACAUAACAUCCUUUGAAAGUGUUACUCAUUCUGGUUGUCCUGACUUUGUACCUCCCAAAUAAAGCAUCAGUACUUCACUUUUACCUAUAGGGCAGGAUCCGCAUUUUAAAAUGUUUAUGUUAUUCACACUACCUAAUUCAUGGCAUUUGUUCAAAAAAUAUUAUAAAUAGGACUUCCCUGGUGGUCCAGUGGCUAAGACUGUGCUCCCAAUGCAGGGGACCUGGGUUUGAUCCCUGGUCAGGGAAUUAGAUCCCACAUGCCACAGCUAAGAGUUUGCAUGCCACAAUGAAGAUCCACAGGAUGAAGAUCCUGUAUGCCGCAACUAAGACCCGGUGCAGCCAUGUAAAUAUAUAAAUAAGUAAAUAUUUUUUAAAAAAUUAUAAACACAUUGUCAGUGUGUGAGUUCCCUUUCUAGCAUAAAUAAUUAUGGACUGUACUAGAGAGAAAAUGCACAUCAACAUACAAAAUAUAUUAGAUGAUUUAUUUAUUUAUUGCUUUUAAUACAGAAUACAUUCACAUAGUUCAAAAUUCAAAAAGUACAAAAAGGAUUAACAGUGAAAUAACUGCCUCUAUCACUGAUCGCUAGCCUCAGUUUUCUUCCCUAAGACAACCAAUGUUAGCACUUUUAAUGUAUUUCUCCAGAAGAAUUUUAUGAAGUUUAUGGAUAUAGUAGUCUAUAUGUUUGUUUUUGCCCCCUUUGUCCAUUUAGCAAUAUAUAUUGAAAAUAAAUAUUUUAAAACAACACAUCUUGGUGAUAACGCCAUAUUACUAUACAAUUACAUCAAGAGCUUCUUCAUUCUCUUAUAUUGCUACACAGAAAGUAUCCAUUGUAUCAAUAUAUCAUAAUUUGCUUAACACUCUCCUCAUUUUUACUAUGAAAAUAAGCCUGUAAUAAAUUGUAUAUAUGUAUUUUUUCCCAUUUGCAAGAUAAAUUACUAGAAGUGGAAUCUCUGGGUCUAGGAUAACCAUUAGCUUUUGACUGAUGGUACCAGCUGUUUUAGGGAUGAUGUUUGCUCUUCGGGGGCCCUCCCUGCUUUCCCCUUCUCAAUGACCUGAACAGCCUUCAGCAAACCAUCCUGCAGAGCCUGGUUCUUUACCAUAUUAGUGAUCAUGAAAUUGACAUCUCUUAAAUACAUCUGCCUUACUUUAGCAAUGUAGUAUUCUGCCUUGUUACCAUGUGCUACAAAAAAGGUACACAGUGCUGUGAUAUCUCCUUCUUGCAGCCCAUACUCCUCCAGGACAGACUCCCACACAACUCUAAUGCACUUGUUCUUGACUUUUUGUCUGAGGAUGGAGGCUAAGGUGGGAAGACCUCUCACCAGAUCUGGCAGCUUCUCAAGCACACGAGUGUGCAAGCGGAUGAGUACUUCAGUGACGUAGCUGUAUAAAAUAUUCAAUUCCAUUGAAGUAAACCUACAAAAAAUGUGGAGAGCUUCUUAAGCGGUAGAACUCUUUACGUACAAACAUAAAAUGAAUUUUAUUAGGGUGAUUCAAAGACGUAUAAACCUACUAGGAGAACUGUAAGCAGAUAGGGUAGGAGGUCCCCAGAGAAAGAGAUCCAGGCAUGGCUCUCUUGACGUAAGGGAAGCCAGUUUUGACCUAAGCCAUUUUGUGAUCUAAGCCUGGCCAGGAUGUUUGCCCUGGAACAGGUCUCAGGAAUUCAUGGUCUUAAGGGAAGGGAGGGAAUGCAGGAACAAAGGAAAAGCUGUCAAGGAAAAAUAGUUCAGUGAUAAGAGUCCUAGUUCCUCCUCAAGGAAUGUACCUAACAAUCUGCUCCAUAUGUUUGAGUUCUGCAGGAAAUGAGGCCCCCACCCAGGUGGGAGAUGGGAUGAUGAUGUGGAUCUUUUCUGACCCUGUGCCUUCGAUCAACUAAAGCUUGGGCUCUGUCAACCUUUGCUCCAUUUCUUGGCUGAAUUCUCCUCUGUUCAAGGCUUCAUGAAUAUGCACAUACCCUUAGCUUAAAACUUCCCCAAUUUUGCUGUGUGGGAAGACACUGCUUUGGGAAAGGUCCCUGGUGUUUUCCUUACUUGCUGCAAGUAAUAAAUCCUUCCUUGUCCCACUCUUUGGCUUGGUUGUGUCUUUUGGCUUGACACCCACCAAGAGGCAAACCCAGGUUUCAAGAGAAAACCAGCUGUUGCAAUUUAGGAAAUACUUUAGAAAUAGGGCCUGCCAAUGCUCAUAGUAGCCCUAUUUACAAUAGCCAAGACAUUGUAAUAUGAGGCAACCUAAGUGUCCAUCGACAGAUGAAUGGAUAAAGAAGACGUGGUACAUAUAUACAACACUGGAAUGUUACUCAGACAUAAAAAAGAAUGAUAUAAUGCCAUUUGCAGCAACAUGGAUGGACCUAGAGAUUAUCAUACUAAGUGAAGUAAGACAGACACAGAAAGACAAAUAUCACAUGAUAUCACUUUUAUGUGAAAUCUAAAAAAAUUAUACAAA